CUAGUGCUUCCUCUGCCCCGCCUAUCUGCCUAUUUGCACACACACACGGCAACUGCCGUCUACACCCGCGCGCACGCCUUGCUGCUGCUGCUGCGUCGCGCGCACUUCCACUCCUCACACGGCCCCGCCUCUCGCACCCGCCUCUACCCACCUCUACUCACCUCGCGCUCUCUCUGGCCGGCGCAGCGCCGCGGCGCGCGCAGCCAUGACGUCGCUCACGACGCUCUUCGUCGUCGGCCCCGAAGAGUACGUCGAGUUCAACGAGAGCAUGGGCAGCAAGGCGUUCCUCGAGCACGUGUGGGACGAGAGCGCGACGCCGCUGGACCGCAAGGGUGAGUGCUGCGACCUGCGACGCCGGACCACACACUCAUACUGCGCAGACACGUCGGCGGCCGGCGUGCGUCUGCACUCGGCCGGCGCCCGCAUCGCCGGCGAGCCGCCGCAGAUCGAGUUCCCGACGGUGCUGCGCCGGCGCGGGCACGGCAACGCAUACAAGCGGUCGGGGCGCUUCGUCUCGUGGGCCGAGCUGCACCGCCAGAACCCGCUGGCUGUGGCGCCGCCGCCGGACCUGGCCGAGUACCGCCGGCGCGGCGCGCAGGUCGGGCACGGCGUCAAGGUCGAGCCGGGCGCGUGGCUCGAGCACCGCCGCGUCGUCGUCAGCGACGACGGCUGGCUCGACACCGAGGGCGGCUCGCGCGAGAGCAUCUACGCGGCGCCGCGCACCGCCGCAGGAGCGUCUGCCAGCGCCGAGCCUGCGACUCGCGGCGGUCAGGGCCGCCGCCUGGCGCCGGGCAGCAUGAGCGAGGCGCUGGGCCUGCAGAACCUGUCGCUCGACGAGCGCCGCCGCUCCGUCGCCACGUCGUCGGACGAGGAGCAGCACUCGCCGCGCCCGGACGGCGCCUCCACGCCGGGACAGACUCCGGCGCGCCGCAACGGCCGCUCGCUGUUUGAGCGCCUCGGCAUGGACCCGCCCACGCCGCCGACGCCGCGCCCCGCGCAGACGACGCCCAAACGCCCGACGAACCUGCGCCUGCCGAUCCCGUCGCCUUCGACGCUGCCAGCGCAGCCGCAGCGCACGCCCGUCGCGCGCACGCCGCUCUCCGCGACGCACCCGCUGCCCGAGACGCCGCUCAAGUACUCGCACCGCAGCGACGGCCCUGGCGACCAGCUCGAGCCGUCGACGCCCGGCGCAGUGUGGGGCAGUCUGCCCGCACAGAGCCCUGGCCCUGGCCAUCCGCGCGGCCUCGGGCUGGGCGGCAUCUUCAGCCCGGUCACGGCCACGCGUGCGCUCGAAGCGGCGCCGACUGCGCCCGGCAGCGGCGUGCGCAUCGACGACGCGGCGCGCAUCAUCAAGGAGGACGACGUCACUGCGACCAGCAAGGACACGAACCCCAUCAAUGCCAUGCUGGCGAAGCUGCGCCUGGCCAAGAGCGGCCUGACGUCGCCCGCCGCAGGCUCAGGCGCGAGCCGCUGGGCCGUUGCGUCGCCGUCUCUGGCGCCUCUGCCGGAGCUCACGCCUCACGUCGCGGCGCAGACUGCCGCGCCCGAGGUCUCGCCCGUCCUAGCCACGUCGGUCCCCGAUGCACUCGGAGUCCACGUCGACCCGCAGAGCAGCCACAGCCCAGUCGACGCCGGUCCCGCCGAGCCGCUUCAGGACGGCGCUGACCACGAAAGCAACGUCACGCCGGAUGUCACAAGCGUGCCGGCUGCGGUCGAAACGCUAGCAGAACAGCGCGUGGCCUCGCUGCCGCCCAGCCCGGCAAGCGUGAACCACUCGCUCCCUGACGAAGAUGCGCCUGGCACUCCACCCAGGUCUCCUGACAUGCGGCGCGUAGCCAACUGGGGACUGGUCAAUGACGAAGCGCCGCCUGCAACGCCAGUCGAGGACUCGCCAGUGCUGGCGCUGCCGCCGGGCUUCACUUCUAAUCCGCUCCGCACCCCGUCCCCGCCCGCCUCGCCUGCGGUGACACCUUCUCCCACGCCCAACAGCGCCAAGAAGAUCCAUCCCACCGCUUGGGCAGACGACGACUCCGACGGCGACUCGCUGCCGGACCUGCCCGAGGAGUGGAUCACCACGAGCCUUUCCGUCUCGGCGUCGACGCCAAUGCUGGGCACGUCAACCCGCACGCGCGGCUCCACCAUCGACGACGACGCAUGCUCGAGCGUGUCGGAGAGCAUCGGAGCAUCCGAGCGGCCCGCACGGCGCAAGAACAAGCGCGGAGGCGCCAAGCGCAAGGGCCGCGCGUCCUCUGGCGAGGCUGCGCUUGCGGACGCUCCUGCGCGCGGCGUCUCCAACCGCGACGGCGGGCGCGCACCUGGUGCUGCCUCGAACGGCACAGACAUGGGCCUGCGCAUCGCCGGACGCGCUGCUCUGGCCUCGUCGCAGCACAGCAGCGCCGGCUCGAUGCAGCCGCCAUCGGCGCCCAACAGCAUGCGUCGAGCUCCCACGGCGCCGGUCCGAGAGCCCGCGCCUCAUCGCGACGGCUCACGUCUGCGCGCUGCCAGCCCGCCGCGAGGCCCGCGCGCAGAGCAGACCUCUCGCGCUCGCCCGUCGCAGGUGCGCGAAGCACCGUCGCACGACAGUCGCGCCAGGCCGCCUGCCAUGCGUGGCUCGCGCGCCAGUGCUCCGCCACCCUCAACGUCUCAGGCUGCCGCUCCUGCGCCUCGCGCUCGCCCGCACGGACGUCCGAAGCUCGCGGGCGACGCCGCCUUUGCACGGCUCGCCGGCGCGGCACUGCCGCCGACGUCGCUCGGCGCGCCAGCAGCGAACGAACGAGGCGGCCGCCGGCUCCGCGCUGCUUCCGAGGCACCCGCCGCCUGAAUCCUCUCCGUCCUCAUCCUCUUGCGCACGCUCCACUCUCCACUGCUCUCUCAUACACCGUCGCAUCGCAGCCCUCAUCACGUCACUCUGUACUCUAACUUACUCUCGGUGCAAGCAUUAUCCGU